AUGUCUUCUGAUGCUGCAAAAAGAUUUGCUUCGGCAGUUGAUUCAUCCAUGAAUGAAUGCAAAAAGGACAUGACAAGCUUGCAUGAUUCUGUUUCUCCAAGGGGUACGUCAAAUGAGGGAACAUGUCGCUCGGGGCCAGAAGAGCUAGGGCUUUCUCGUGACCGGGUGGGAUCGCCAAGUGAAAUGAAGAAAGAUAAAUUGAAUAAAACAAGAUAUUUUAUUAUCAAGAGCUUGAAUCAUCAAAAUAUACAAUUGUCAAUAAAGAAUGGAAUUUGGGCAACUCAAGUAAUGAAUGAGCCCAUUCUUGAAGAGGCCUUUCAAAAUUCUGGCAAAGUAAUUCUUAUAUUUAGCGUCAACAUGAGUGGUUUCUUCCAAGGAUAUGCUCAAAUGACGUCUUCCGUUGGUUGGAGGAGGGAUAGCAUUUGGAAUCAAGGAAGUGGGAAAAAUAAUCCAUGGGGCCGUAGUUUCAAAGUCAAGUGGCUACGUCUAUAUGACUUGCCUUUCCAGCAGACUCUCCAUUUGAAAAAUCCAUGGAAUGACUUCAAACCUGUCAAAAUCAGCAGAGACUGUCAGGAGUUGCCUGGGGAUAUUGGUGAAGCUCUUUGUCAGCUUCUUGAUGAAGGUUAUGGUGCAGAUGGUAUCCUGAGAAGGGAUGAAGUUCCUGGCGGUGAUUUUUCUGUACGAACUUCUUGUGAAGUUGAGGAUUUUAAUGGGCCACCAAUGCAUAUGGCACCUUUGCUUUACCCGUCUUUUUUAUAUCAACAUCAAGCUGAAAUCACUGGGUUUCAGUUGCCACACCAGACACCUGGGUUGAUUCUUAAUAACUCUUCAAGUGUCCCUGAGGCGUCAAAAGUAAAACAAUCAAGGAGUUUCCGAGUAAAUGGAAGCUCAGCUAAUAGGACUGAUAACCAAAUUAACAAUUGGGGCUUGCCAGCAGAGAGGACCCCCUUUUUUAGUACUUUGACAGAAGAUGAUAUACUGGGAAUGACUUAUGAAGAAUACCUUGAGGCUCAUACUUGUCGGAGCAGAAGAUUACGCCAAUCAGCUGCCGGGCGAUCCACAAGCUUACAGAAGUCGUCAUCGAGUAAAGAACGUUCUGAAGAUUCGCAAUCAGCCAGCAGUUCAAAGAAAAGGACUUACAGUCAAUCCCUUGAAUGA